GGGUGCACCAGGAGAGGUUGAGAUCACGGUUAAGCCCUCUAAAGUUGGAUCCUACGACCUGAGUUUCGUAUAUCGCCGCAUAUUUGAACCUCCGAGCGAAAAGGACACGAAAUACACUAUUCACUUUGACGUUCAAUGAUGUAGUUUUCAUACACCGAUGACUUUAAAAGCCGCAUAACUAUAUAUACCUAAGUGCUUAUCUAUCUAUAUAUAAACAUGUAUUUAUUGAAAAAUACUUACCCUCCCCCAAAAGUAAAAUGUUUCAGAGCCAAGCAAAUUUAUUAACUCUAGUGGAAACACAUUUAUUCCAUUCCUGAAUCAGCAUAUUACACGAUUCAAUAUGGAAAAGGGAACGAAGAUGAUUGGGAUGCGCACGUGUGUGUAUAUCGACAGGGGAGUUUUGCCGAUGUAAGGACAAACAGUCGUAUAAUCGCAUCAAUCCUUCUAUUCUGUUAUUAUGUUAAACAGGUCUGUUACAUUUACGCAUUUAUGACUUUCAGACUUGAUAGCAGGGCCCACAUAUUGCUUACAUUUUUAUUUUCAGUGGUUAAAUGAAUAUUUUACUGUUUUAUGAAUAAAUAGUAUUUAUUAUUUUGAUAGGAUUGGAACAAAGGUGCAGUUCAUGUUUCACAGUUUCUUUCUUACACUGUACUGCUAUUUAUUUAUUGUUUUAGAUAUGAAGUCAUGUAACUCUAAGUUUCUUCAUUUUAAAUUUUUCUUUAUUUUAUUUUUUUUCAGCGUUUCAUAACGUAGGCUCAGGUUAAAUUCCCUUUUUGGUUUACCAACUGGGUUUUUAAAUGUCACUUCUUUUGGACGACUUUGUCGUUCUUGGAUUUCACGGCGUGCGCGACGCCCCGGAGAUUCACGCCGGGUUUAAAAGACGUGGUUUUGAGGCCGCCGUGGUCGAUCACGCUUUUAUCAUCUCCCAUCUUCACCUUGCUGUCUCUUUUUACCGUUUUUGCGGCGAAAGCGCUUUUUCCACGGGGGCUUUGUCGAACGUCUCGGCGCGCAAACGCGGGCGUCCCUGGGCCGCGCGGGAUCUCUUCACGUCGCUUUCGCUUUCCCACAAUCUUGAUCGCAUCCUACAGGUGCUCCCGGCAGAAUCCAAAACUUCAGCGGUGUUGGUAAUUAUCCCGAAAAAAAUUUACGACGCCCAUACUGACGAAGUCAUCGAUUGUAUUAUUCGAAAAGACUCUCAGGCGGACAUGGUGGGGAAGGCCAUUCCGCAUUCUUUGGUCUAUCGACAUUCCGGGUUGUUUCCUUUUCUGGAAUAUGUGGAUGUGGCGAAGGUGAUGGGGUUUUACGGGAUCACCGAGCGGGAUAAAUCCGCCAUGAUGCAAAGUUUUAGUUUAAACGAAACCUACGCCCUCGCGCAGGAGGUGUUGGGGACAGAUUUUGCGCCCACCUUGACGGCUUUUCAUGCCGGAGGAAAUAUCUGUCAAUGUCCUUGCGAUCGAACCGCCUGCGCGAAGAAUGCAAUCUCCAUGAUGCUUGCCGCCAAAGCGUUGGAGCAAUGUGUGGUGAAUAAGUUGUCUUUGUGUGAUGUUUAGCCCACAAAAGAAGGGUAAAAUAGAAAGAAAAAAGAAACCUAUAGCGGUAAAUCCCUAAAGGAGCAAUAAACACACAAAAAGUGAGCGGUCUGUGCACCGAUAACACCGGUCCUACACCAUAUUUUACAA